AUGGACGCUACCAAUGCCUUCGAUUCUGUGAUAUCCUGCUCGCUUCUUCCCUUAUCAUUCGAUGUUUUCUCCUCUGCACGCCAUCUUCAAGCACAUUUGGGCGCGAAGAUUUCGCGAGAGAGGAGUGAUGCCAUUGAUGCUACAGACGCUGAGGUUGCUCUGGGAACAUCCAAGAAGAACAGACUUGCUUCUGCCAACGCGAAUGCUCUGAAACUUAGCUGUGAGCUUCUCAAGAGCUUUGUCUCAGAGGCUGUGCAGCGCGCGGCUAUAAUUGCUGAAGCUGAGGGGAUGGAUAAGAUUGAAGCGAGUCAUUUUGAGAGGAUUCUUCCUCAGCUUCUUUUAGACUUUAAAAGAUACAAGUAUUGUGUUUUCUUGAUUAACUCAAGUGGAGACACAUGUCAGGCCGUAACUAACUUGGAGCUUACUACAAGUUCACAUGGGGUUGCGGUGACGCCGAAUGAGUAUUUACGACCAGACCGUGACAUCUGUCUCUUUCUGACAUCAUAG